CAAGUCUUAUGUUGAAAUUUUGACAACAAAAUUCAUCCGCUAUAAAUUCAGCAUCACACAAUAUCCAAAAACAUGUAGUCCCAAAAUGCCUUCUUUUUCACCUUCAAAAUUCACCUCCGUCUUCCUCGUAUCAGUAAUUCUAUCAUUCAGUUUGACCACAGUAGCCGAAAACCGAACCACGAACAUAGGAGUGAUCAUCGAUGAAAGAACCCGAGCAGGAAAAGAACAAAAAACCGCCAUUGAAAUCGCUGUCCAGAAGCUCAAUUCAGGCUCCAAAGAUCACAAGUUAGCGAUUUAUUUUACGAAUUCUAGUGGAGACCCUCUUGAAGCCGCUUCUUCUGCGAACGAAUUGAUCGAAAAGCAAAAAGUGCGGGUAAUAAUUGGGACGAAUUCAUGGGAGGAAACUACAGUAGUAGCAAAAGUAGGAGAACGAGCUCGAGUCCCUGUUAUUUCAUCGACUACUGCCACUUUACAACCACUAUCGCAUCUUCAAUGGCCUUUCUUGGUACAAAUGACUGAUCUUGAUAUAUCUAACGAAAUAAAUUGCAUUGUAUCACUCAUAAAAUCUUAUAAUUGGAAACGAAUCAUUGCGAUUUAUGAAGACAAUGUGUAUGGUGGUGAAUACGAGGGUUUCUCGAUAUUAUCCGAGGCACUUCAAAAGAUCGAUUCCAUAAUCGAACACCGUCUAGUUGUUCCUCAUUUCACUUCUCCAUUUGAUCCAAAAGAGACUAUUCGCGACGAUUUAGCGACAGUUUUGACAACAAAGCAAUCACGGGUUUUCAUUGUGUUGAAGUCGUCUUUAUCGACUGCAACUCGGGUAUUUGAAGAAGCUAAUAAACUCGGAUUAACAGGGAGAGACUCGGUUUGGAUUCUUGGAAAUGGGUUUUCAAGUAUUCUUGAUUCAAUCGACCCAUUGGUUUUUCGACCCGUGGAAGGUGCUUUAGGAAUCAAGACUUAUUAUUCCGACAAAAACCCACGAUUUUUAGAGUUUAGAUCCACCUUUAAAUCAAUCUUCAAAUCGAAUUAUCCUGACGAGGAUAAAUCCGAGGCAUGUAUCUACGCUAUACGUGCAUACGAUAGCGUAGAAACUGUCUGGCGUGCGGUGGAUCGUUUAGGAAAUCUAAACGAUACAGACAGUGGUUUCCAAGAGAAGUUGUUGGAUACAAUUCUAUCCAACAACUUCUCUGGUUUAACCAAUACGAUAGCUUUCAAGGAUGGAAAACUAUCAGAACCUCAAGUGCUUCAACUAGUGAAUAUAGUUGGAAAAAGUUAUAAAGAGCUUGCAUUUUGGUCACCCGGGUCGGGUUUUUCGAAUACUAGUUUAAAACAACUAUCUAUAAUUUGGCCCGGGGAUCUAAUAAACCGAAUUCCAAAAGGAUGGACAAUGCCUAACAAUGUGAAGAAAAUGAAGAUUGGUGUUCCCGACUCGACUUCAUUCCAAAGGUUUGUGAAAGUCGAAUGGAUCGAGAGUACAAACGAGACCAAAUAUUCCGGUUUUUGUAUCGCGGUUUUUAGGGCUGUUGUCGCUACUUUGGAGGAGCAAUAUGGAUACACGUUACCUUACGAGUUUAUAAACCAUACGGGCUCCUAUGAUGAUCUGAUUGACAAAGUCUAUUAUAAGACAUACGAUGCGGUUGUUGGUGAUGUCACAAUACUCGCAAACCGCUCAAAGUACGUUGAGUUCACGCAGCCAUUUACAGAGUCGGGGUUGUCGAUGGUGGUGCCAGUGAGAACGGACCCACAAAGGGCAUGGAAGUUUAUGAGACCAUUCACGAUAGAGAUGUGGUUAGCCUCCGGUGGCAUAUUGUUCUACACAAUGUUUGUAGUGUGGUUCAUGGAGCACCAAGUGAAUCGAGAGUUUAGAGGACGAUGGAUGGAUCAACUCGGGACUGCAUUAUGGUUCACCUUCUCUUCUCUUUUCUUCUCACAUAGAGAGAAUAUAAGAAGCAAUCAUAGCAAGGUGGUUGUGAUGAUAUGGCUCUUUGUCGUGUUCAUUUUAACCUCAAGCUACACGGCUAGUCUUACGACAAUGCUCACGGUUCGUAUGCUAGAGCCCACAGUGCAAGAUAUCGAGUUGGUAAGGAGAGACAAUGCACCCGUGGGAUGUGAUCCAGAUUCUUUCGUGGGCAAGUACUUAACGGAUGUUUUGAACCUCAAAAAUAUCAAGAACAUAACAAGCCAAGACGAAUAUCCCGAAAAUUUCAAAAACGGAAAUAUAGUGGCCGCAUUUCUCGAGCUCCCCUAUCAAAAAUACUUUCUCAAAGAGUAUUGCAAUAAGUACAUGGCCAUUGGUCCUUCGUACAAAUUUGGCGGUCUAGGCUUUGUUUUCCCGAAAGAUUCUCCGAUAACCGAUGAUGUGUCAGGGGCAAUUUUAUCCCUCUUGGAAGAAGGUAGGAUUAUCGACAUGGAGAACCAAUGGCUUGAUACAUCCCAAAACUGUUCAAGUUCCGAUUCCGGGGUGGAAUCGGAAAGACUUAGCCUCGAUAAUUUUUGGGGAAUAUUCGUCAUAUCCGGUGCCACUUCAACACUAAGCUUACUACUUUUCCUCUAUCGGUUGCUCCACAACAAAAUUGAACAACGCAUUAUUAGCUACCACGGCUCUCGAUGGAACAACAACAAUGAGAGCCGUUUUAGAAGAGCAAUCAGACUUGUUAUGAUAAUGCUUAGUUUGAAUCCUAGUCGAGUCCAACCGAGAGAAAACUUGGAGUCAUCGCAGGAAUGGAAUCAUCAAAACCCACCACAAUGGGAAUUGGUGAGUCCCACGGAGGUCCCGGAGCAUUUGGAAAUCGGUAGGCCUACUCAACUUGAAAUUCCCAUGAGAAAGAUGGAGCAUAAUAUGACGAUGUGAGAUUGGAAUGAUAAGUGAUGGGAAAAAGAAGAUAUGAAAGGAGAAAGUAGUCUUUUACACCAAAUUCGGAUUUAGGAUGUGGAUGGAAACCACCGUAACGUAUACUUUCA